AUGAGCUUAGAAAGUGAUGACAAGAGAGCUCGCACACGGUCCAAGACCCUUCGAGGACCCCCAGAGACCACAGGUGCAGACCUCAGCUGUCCUACCCCUGGAUGUACUGGUUCAGGACAUGUCCGGGGCAAGUACUCCAGACAUCGAAGCUUACAGAGUUGCCCUCUGGCCAAGAAGAGAAAACUGGAGGAUGCUGAGGCUGAGCACCUGGUAUCCAAGAGGAAGUCACACCCUCUGAGGCUGGCUCUGGAUGAAGGCUACCGAAUGGAUAGUGAUGGCAGUGAGGAUGCUGAGGUGAAGGACGCCUCUGUUUCAGAUGAAUCAGAAGGACCCCUGGAGGAGACUGAGGCUGAGAUGUCAGGACAGGAGGAGAUUCAUCACCCCCAGCCAGCUGAAGGAAAAAGCCUCAUCAAAUCCCAUUUUGGAUCCAACCCCACAAGCAGCCCUUCUGGCUUUUCCAAGGGCAGCUACAGCAGCUAUCAGGGAAUCAUUGCAACUUCCCUUCUAAAUCUGGGCCAAAUUGCUGAGGAGACACUUGUGCAGGAGGACUCAGUUCCAGUUGCUAAGUUAGGCCCUACUGUUGUUCAUCAGCUUCAGGAUGAGGCUGCAAUAGCGGCCCCCAAUGAUGAGGAUGAAAAGGACCUCUUUAUACAUCCAGAGGAUGUGGAGGAGGUCAUUGAAGUCACCAGUGAACGUUCCCAGGAGCCAUGCCCCCAGUCUCUGGAGGAUAUGAUUAGUGAAGAGUCAAGCAAGCAGAAAGGUGUCCUAGGUCAUGAGGAGGAGGGAGAGGAUGAUGAUGAAGAGGAGGAAGAAGAAGAGGAGGAGGAAGAGGAGGGAGAGGAGGAAGAGGAAGAGGAGGAGGAAGAAGAAGAGGAGGAGGAGGAAGUGGAGGAGGAGGAGGAGGAAGAGGAGGAGGAGGAGGAGGAGGAAGAAACAACUCCAAAUGUAAUCUUUGGGGAAGAUACCUCCCAUACCUCUGCCCAGAAGGUUUCCCCUGAAUUCCGAAGCCCAGAGCUAUCCAGUCCCAAGCCUGAGUAUUCAGUCAUUGUGGAGGUCCGUUCUGAUGAUGACAAGGAUGAAGACUCACACUCCCAGAAGUCAGCAGUCACAGAUGAGUCAGAGAUGUAUGAUAUGAUGACCCGUGGGAAUCUGGGCCUUCUGGAGCAGGCCAUUGCCCUGAAGGCUGAGCAGGUGCGCGCUGUCUGUGAGCCAGGCUGCCUGCCUGCUGAGCAGGGCCAUCUGGGCCCAGGAGAGCCAGGGAAGGUGGCAAAGCCCCUGGAUGUGGUGAGGAAGAGCUGCUACAGCAAAGAUCCUUCCAGGGUGGAGAAACGUGAGAUCAAGUGUCCGACACCUGGCUGUGAUGGUACUGGCCACGUUACUGGGUUGUACCCUCAUCACCGCAGCCUGUCUGGCUGUCCCCACAAGGAUAGAAUCCCUCCGGAGAUCUUGGCCAUGCAUGAAAAUGUGCUGAAGUGCCCCACUCCUGGCUGCACGGGCCAAGGCCAUGUGAACAGCAACCGCAAUACCCACAGAAGUUUGUCUGGGUGUCCCAUUGCUGCUGCUGAAAAAUUAGCCAAAUCUCAUGAGAAGCAGCAACUGCAGACAGGAGAUCCUCCCAAAAAUAACUCCAAUUCAGAUCGGAUCCUCAGGCCCAUGUGCUUUGUGAAGCAGCUUGAGGUUCCUCCUUAUGGGAGCUACCGACCCAAUGUGGCUCCCGCCACGCCCAGGGCCAACUUGGCCAAGGAGCUGGAGAAGUUCUCCAAAGUCACCUUUGACUACGCAAGUUUUGAUGCUCAGGUUUUUGGCAAACGUAUGCUUGCCCCAAAGAUUCAGACCAGCGAAACCUCACCCAAAGCCUUCCAAUGCUUCGAUUAUUCUCACGAUGCUGAGGCUGCACACAUGGCUGCCACUGCCAUCUUGAACCUCUCCACUCGAUGCUGGGAGAUGCCAGAGAACCUCAGCACAAAGCCACAGGACCUCCCCAGCAAGGCUGUGGACAUUGAGGUAGAUGAAAAUGGAACUCUGGACUUGAGCAUGCAUAAACACCGCAAGCGAGAAAACACUUUCCCCAGCAGUAGCAGCUGCAGUAGCAGCCCUGGUGUCAAGUCUCCUGAUGUCUCUCAGCGCCAGAACACUACCAGUGCCCCCAGCAGCUCCAUGACCUCACCCCAGUCAAGCCAGGCCUCCCGCCAGGAUGAGUGGGACCGUCCCCUAGACUACACCAAACCUAGUCGCCUUCGAGAGGAAGAGACUGAGGAGUCAGAGCCAGCAGCACAUUCUUUUGCUUCUUCUGAAGCAGAUGAUCAGGAGGUGUCAGAAGAGAACUUUGAGGAGCGGAAGUACCCAGGGGAAGUCACCCUGACCAACUUUAAGCUGAAGUUUCUCUCCAAGGACAUAAAGAAGGAGCUUCUCACCUGUCCCACUCCUGGCUGUGAUGGCAGUGGUCAUAUCACCGGGAACUAUGCCUCCCAUCGCAGCCUCUCUGGUUGCCCUCUUGCUGACAAGAGCCUCAGAAACCUCAUGGCUGCCCACUCUGCUGACCUCAAGUGCCCCACACCUGGCUGUGAUGGCUCUGGCCACAUAACAGGGAACUAUGCUUCACACCGGAGUUUGUCAGGCUGCCCACGUGCCAAGAAGAGUGGACUCAAGGUGGCGCCUACCAAGGAUGACAAGGAGGACCCCGAGUUGAUGAAGUGCCCAGUUCCAGGCUGUGUGGGGCUUGGCCACAUCAGCGGCAAAUAUGCCUCUCACAGGAGUGCUUCUGGCUGCCCAUUGGCUGCUCGGAGGCAGAAAGAGGGUGCUCUCAAUGGUUCAUCUUUCUCCUGGAAAUCGCUGAAGAAUGAGGGCCCUACUUGCCCAACCCCAGGCUGCGACGGCUCUGGCCAUGCCAAUGGCAGUUUCCUCACCCACCGGAGUUUGUCUGGCUGUCCCAGAGCAACCUUUGCUGGAAAGAAAGGAAAACUCUCAGGUGAUGAGAUUCUCAGUCCAAAGUUCAAGACAAGUGAUGUGCUGGAGAAUGAUGAGGAGAUCAAGCAGCUGAAUCAGGAGAUACGAGACCUGAAUGAGUCCAAUUCAGAGAUGGAGGCUGCCAUGGUACAGCUGCAGUCUCAGAUCUCUUCCAUGGAGAAGAACCUGAAGAACAUUGAGGAGGAGAAUAAGCUCAUUGAGGAGCAGAAUGAGGCCCUGUUUCUGGAACUGUCUGGGCUGAGCCAGGCCCUCAUCCAAAGUCUUGCCAAUAUCCGCCUUCCACACAUGGAGCCAAUAUGUGAACAGAAUUUUGAUGCCUACGUGAACACCCUCACUGACAUGUACUCCAAUCAGGACUGCUACCAGAACCCAGAGAACAAAGGCCUUCUGGAAACUAUCAAGCAAGCUGUGAGGGGCAUUCAGGUUUAG